GGGGGGACACGUGCUGAUUACUCGAUCACGGGAUCGUGUCUGAACUUGCCCACGAUCGCCCACACCCGGCGCCACGCAACCUCUACGCGACAUGGUCAGCGAGGCACUCUCUGAGGAAUCUCUAGGGAUCCCAUUUUCAUUGGACGAGCAUGAAGACCGCGAAAUACCCGAAUUUCGAAUGAAAGACCGAAUUGCGUUCUGGGACGGCCCAAUCCGCGCAUUCUUACGCAAACAUGGAUACAUGCUGUACAACAUGCGCGCUUUUCCGGAAUACGACUUGGAUAGCGUCAUGUAUUCCGCCCUGGAGACGCCAGGCCAACUCUCGGACGACGAGCGCUACGCGUUCAUGGAUCGUGACUACCCCGAGGGAUUGAUCCCUGAGCCUCGAAAAGAUGAUUUGUAUGAUUCUCUACGCGUUACUGCAUAUUCGCGCGAAUUUCGGGGUCGCGCCGCCUUUGCACAGAGUGAGGCGCGGCCAGAUCGACACGUUGCUAUCAAGCUGGUCCGAGCCGAAAGCGUCGAAAUCCACACGCUCAUACUGAUCCACGAAACUUCGAAGGAGAAGCCCGUUCGGGGCCUCAUCCCUGUCAUCGAAAUCAUCCCAUUCCGCGGUCACUGGCUCGUGGUUAUGCCGAGUGGGGAGAAAGCAUCAUGGUUCCGUUCCCGACCGUCGCUAGACCGGUAUUCGAUCUCAUCGAAGACCUCCUCGAGGGGCUUUCAUUCCUCCACAGCCACAACAUCGUUCAUAGGGAUCACUCCUCCAAAAACAUCCUGAUGUCAUGCAAACCCGAUCUUGCAACGAACUCAUAUCUGCAGGUCCGUCGCAGAAAACAGGUUUGUUGCUGCGGCUGCGACUGCGGGGGCUGCUGCUGGAAGUGUGUUGUCAAAGCAGCCGGCCGCUGCUGCUGCUGGUUGUAACGGGACCGAUUUGAUUCGUAGCCGAUCAGAGUGACAGCCCAUGCGUCAAAACCAGUUGAGCACAAGUAAGAGAAACAGUACAGUAUGCAUACAUGCAUAUGUAAUGAUGCCGUUGUCAUUGUGUUGCUUUUGCCGCAUUCGAACGCGCAUUUCUGCGCAAACGAUUUCCUGUCGUUGGGAACUACAUAUCCCACAUCAAGAAUUGAGCGUCGCGCGUGUCGGGGAGCGCCAUCACACCCGGGUGAGACGGGGGAACCACCCACAACAUGACUGGGCAUCGGAUCAGCUACAGCAGGACGAAUUCAAGAAGAGCUGCGAGAGAAGGGACGAGCGCAUUGGAUGGCAUGGGACCCAGCAUCACGGACAUAUCUCAGUCUGCUCCCUCCUUUCGGGAUCAUCUGGCUGGAAUUUCACGACCUCCCAUCUGCUCAUGACAUUCGACGGCGACUAAUUGAAACAUAUGCGCCUUCUCUCGAAGCGCCGCUGUGUCACAAGUUCUUGAUGCAAUCCGUCAAUCUUCCGCACGACCCUGACGUGUGCCGUUGGCCAAAUUGUGUUCCGCCCAAACUUGGCCUGGUUUCGCUGGUAGCCGUGUCUAAAUCUGUAACUCAAGCGUUGGGCGCUUGGUGGCUGUGAACCGUGGCAUUGUUCCAGCGAGGCAGUAUGCGCGGAGACAAGGCUGCUCUAGCAUGAGGCAGAGCAGCUCACCUCCUGCCUCUGACCAUGCCACAAGCUGAGGAACGACAGACCGACAACCGAGAGGCCGAUGAAGCAUAUUCCGAGCGCGAGCGGCCUCACGGGAACAAGCUCUGGGGCGUAUACAUAUCCGAGGCGCAGAGUUCCGAUAAGGGUCUCAUCGAUGGCUGGCGCAGUGAGAUGGAUGGGCUGCUCAUUUUCGCUGGUCUCUUCUCCGGCGUCGUCACGACAUUCAUCAUCGAAAGCUACAAGACGCUGAGGCCCGACCCGGCCAGCGAGACCGUCGCGCUGCUCAACCAGAUCUCGCGCCAGCUUGCGAACCUGAACAACGGCACGGCAGUAACAGACGCACUCCCUCCUGCCCCUGCCUUCUCGCCCCCGAUCUCGUCCGUCGUUUGCAACGCGCUCUGGUUCACCAGCCUUGGGCUCAGCUUGUCAUGCGCACUCGUUGCGACACUGGUCAAACAAUGGGCGCAGGGCUUCCCGCACCGGACGGCCAUGUUUCCCACCAUCUCGAUCCAGUCACGCAUAUACAUGUAUCUCCACAACGGGUUGCUUCGCUUCAACAUGCAUGCCGCGGUCCGCGCUCCCCUGCUUUUCCUGCACGGGGCACUGGUCCUGUUCUUCGGGGGUCUGGUGGCAUUUCUUGUGCCCGUCAACAAUGUCAUCAUGAGCAUAUUUUCCGCUCUCCUGCUCCUCUUCGUCUCGGUCUAUGCCAUGUUCACCGCGCACCCCUUGUUCUUCCUCGACAGUCCGUUCCAGACGCCACUGACGCAGAUAAUCUGGUCGCUGAACCAAAUCUUGAGGAAUGUUCUGAGGGCUUAUGUUCCACAGACAGUCACCGCGAUAGACACCGGGUCCCCCGCCAAACCUUCUGUGACUGUCGACACUCGACUGCAGACCCUCAGCAUGCAGGAGGCCAUGAAAAGCGCGUCCCUACAUUCCACUGUCGAGACAGAGACCGCGGCCCUUGCGUGGACCAUCCAAUCUCUAUCUGAAGACAACAAGCUCGAGCCAUUUGUGGAGGGGCUCCCCCAGGCGCUGUGGGAUUUCAAGACAAACCAGCCUCGUGGCGUGUAUCGGACGCAGUUCAAGAGGCUGUUGCAGAAUCCGCAGGUCCCUCUCGGCCAGCGGCUCGCGGACUUCAUGGAUGGCUCCAACAGCAAUCUGCUUGAUCCCACGGUCCGCUCCCGCCGACAGCUCGCCGUGCUCCGGGCCAUCUGGGCUCUCUGCGCGUUCUCAAUACACACCGAGUCACCUCUGGAGCGUCCGAUUGGAGACAUUGACGUGGAAGACGCGCUGCUCGGCUCCAAAUUUCUCAGUUCUCCCGACGUGCAGUGCAUGGUCCCCGCUGUGUUAGCUCUGGUUCGUCUGAACGUCAUCGAGUUCGAACGCCUCUACGUGCAGAGGAGCAACUCGUACCGGGAUCCCGAACUGGAGAAGCAGCGGACGUACAAGCAGUAUCUCAGGGAUCUUUCCGACAGCCCUGCCAGCUUCCAGCGGGAAGUGACCCACUCGCUCUUUUAUCGCUCGGAAGACCCCUUCCAGGCCGGGGACCGCUAUAACAUUCUGCAAUUGGGUCUAGAAGAGCUGAUUAGAUCGGGGGCGGAUGGGACCGAGGACAAUCUUGUCUUUGCUGCUCGCCGGAUGAUCAGUGCGAUUGCUGAUGGGACCUGGAACACGCCGCCGCCCGGUAUUGCGCUGUUCCUCGUCCGGCAUCCCUCCCUCGCCGUUUAUGGGCCGGACUCUGUCUGGCAGCCCGAUCGGAAGUAUCGUUACACGCGAUACUUGUGUUACUGUCUCUGCCAGAACUUGGCGCACCGAAUCGACCUCAAGCCAUCUGUCGACUCCUUGCGGCUGAUUUACGAUCAUUGGAUAAACGACGACCCCCUCGCAAGGCACCCGGGAGACCUCGAUACCCAUUUCCAUGUCCUCCGCACCCUGCGGAGUUCUGGCGCUCGAGCAGCAGACACCCACAUGCACCGCUUGGUUGCCCUGGUCCAGUGCGUCGUGGUCUUCUGGGUCCGGCAGGAUUUGUCGGAAUCUGCGGAACUGCUGAGUAUCUUCGACGACGAGCCCUGGUUCCGCGCAGCGAUCGGUCUUGACGAGGAGGAGUGGACACAGCGAGCAUCGACUCAGGGAACUCGUGACUUGAUUCUCAGCUGUGCAUGUGUGGGUGUCAUGACCACGUUCCUCGAGCAGUGCGCCCAGAACCCAGACCAGACGGAGCCCGAGUUGGACUUUGAGACGCUCAAAUCGGUCCAGAAAUUCAGCGGCAUCUGGGAUCUGCAGCCGGGGAGCCGGGUGCUGGGGACCGAGAUCCAACGUCGGUUCGCAGACGCCGUCUCUGACUUCCUCCGGAAAUAUCCAACGGACAGUCUCGCGGAGGGCAAGCCGCUCGGCUGGGUGCUUUUCUGUGCCGUCAACCAGGACCGGGGGUGGAUAAACGAUCUGGAUGCAUUGCAGGUCCUGGACGUGGCGGUGUUCGACACGCAGAUGGACAGUCAGCAGCAGGCGCAGGGGUACUACGCUCCCUUCAUCCACGAACAGAUCGAAGAGCGGCUCCCUCCCGAGGUCAUUUUCGGCGCCUAUGUCUCGCUGGUGUCUGACGGGGAAUCGCACGACUCUCAACACCGACCACUAGGGACAGGCAACAUGUCUGGAACCGAAACCGCGUCUUGCGAGGAAGCUAUAGUAGUUCCCUUCUCCCUGGACGAAUACGAAGAUCGCGAUGCACCCGAAUUCCGACUGCAAGACCGCCUGGACUUUUGGGACGGCCCCAUCCGCGCUUUUCUAACACGACGUGGAUAUGCGUUGUAUAAUAUCUGCCCUAUCGCGGACGACGGCGCUGACAGAUUCGCUUUGACGUAUCCGGCUCUGGCAACUCCCCGCCGCCCGUUAGACGACGACCGCUUCGCGUUCAUGGACCCAGACGACCGGGAUAGGAACGCGGAAGAGGCUCGGGAGAAGACACUCUAUGCUCAGAUGGAGACGGCUUACGCUCGGGAAGCUCGGGGACGAGCGGUCUUUGCUCAGCAUAUCGACAGGCCGGAUCUUCACGUCGCAGUCAAGCUUGUGCGGGACAAGAGCGUCGAGAUACAUGUGCUCAAGCUGAUUCACGAAAGAUCCAAAGAGAAGCCGGUGCGCGGACUGAUCCCUGUCCUGGAUAUCAUACCCUUUGGUGGCCACUGGCUGGUUGUCAUGCCAAGGUGGGGUGAAGGCAUCAUGGCACCGUUCCCGACGACUAUCGGAUCCGUCCUGAACCUCCUCGAGGAUCUGCUCGAGGGUCUCGCGUUCCUCCACAGUCACAAUAUCGUGCACAGGGAUCACUCCUACAGGAACACCCUGGUCAACCACGUACCUGUCCUGGCGACUGAAAUAGAUGACCCUCCGGCGACCCGACAAGCGCUGCGAGACGCAGGCGUUCUGCGGCAUGCGAUCUUCGACUUUGAUGUUGCGCUGAUCUUCCCUGAUCGAGCCUCCGCCCGGCUGCCCUAUGCUGAAUUCUGGCUCGGGGCAUACAAGUGGACUGACGAAAUAUAUCAAGGAGAAUACGACUACGAUCCGUUUGCGGCGGACGUGUCCAUUCUGGCCGGGGAUCUUUGCGUCGAUCUGCAGUACCAUACACCUUAUGUGCCCAUCCUGGCACCUCUGUUCGACGGGAUGCUUCAUUGGCAUGUCCCGUCUCGGCUGACAGCGUCCGGGGCACUUGGCCUGCUACGCUCAUUGAGAGCCGAGAGCGGGGACCUGGAUAAGCAGCCACUUCCUGCGGUCAAGAAGCGGUUCAUUCAUGUGACGGAAUACGACCGGUGGGCGGGAUUGCCCGACGACUUUGUCAAGCGGUGGGGGCAUCUUCGGACCCCGCCGGUUCCUUGGACGAGAUCUUUCCUGCGAAGGAUCUGCAAACAUGACUCCCUCGCAAGUUGUUGUCCCUCAUCGAACGAAGACAGCUUUGAGAAAGGAGCCGGCGGAUUCGACAAUUAA